CAUUUCGGACCGAGCCAAGACAUGGCGCGCCGCCGAGGUCCGGAGAUUUUUAAUGCCGUGCAUAACGCCAUGCGCCAAUGGGGCUCUUCUUUGCACCACAAUGGCAUGUCGUACUUCUUGGCCACGGUGCCCAAGGGCGUAUUAUUGCACCACGGGAACGGUAGCCCGGACUCACCGACCGAGCCCGACUGGUUGGCCUAUGAGAUUGAACACGCAGAGAACUUCGCAAGAGGAAGGCGUGGAGGCCCUGGUGGUGGUCGACCACCAGGGCAUGGCGGCCCACCGCCAGAAGGUGACGAGGAAAAGCAACAUGCCGUGAAAGAAGGCGGGCGAGGCCUGGAGCUCAGGAGCGACGAUGAAGACGUCCAUGGGUACCUGCACACAUACGAGACGACACGGGAUCUGAAAUUUCUCUACGUUGAUGGCAUGGGAGGUGGUAAAACAUCGAUGGGCACACUGGACUCACAGGACUAUCUUCUCAGGGGCAAGAACCCGGCGAACGAAACAGAGAAAUGGACACACAAGCAGCUUGAAGGUGGUGGUCCCAUGGAUGAGCAAGCGCGCGCGAAGGAUCUUUGUGCACUGGCCAACGAAUGGGGUCUGCAAGGCAUCGUACGCAUGGAAGCCGGUUUUGAGAUCAUUAAAUGUGACUUCUCCGACGGCCUACAAGAAGUGCAGGCCUUACAGCGUCCGGAACAAAGUCGCGGACCGGGGGUUUUCGGCAACCUCGAAUUCAUUAGGGGACUUUCAGAGAGGUACCAGGGGAUUGGAUCUACGAGGACGAUAAUUGAUUACUCCUCUAUGGUUUCAGCCUUCUUCUUCCCUGUCAACUUGACGAAUCCUAAUCCCAAGAGACAGGACCUGCCGAGGUUGUUUUCGGCAGAGGACAGUCAGCUGGCCGCUAUCAAGGAUUAUCUUGAGGCUGUCAUUUCGGAACGUCGUGACGUGCCAGCACGCACUAUUGACUGGCAGGACGUCACCGACUUGAUCGUCGGCCGCUACGCGGACCGAAUCAAGUACAUGGCCGAAUCCGUCUCCCGCAUUGAGUCGAUGGCCAGUGAGGUCAACUUUCUCUUGACCAUGUUCAUUGACGGUUCGGGCGUCGAGCCCACUGAAACUGCCGUCAACCGCUGCGCGGACUUUUACCUCCGCUCUGUGGCGCCCGUCACCGACUCGGACCGCUUCAUCAAGACCGCCUUACGUUCCGUCACGCACGAGAUCUGCAGCACGCUCUUUCUUGUUCGGGGCCUUGUGGUGGAGGACCCGGCUCCCGACCGGGGGUCGUUGGCAGCCGCGGCGAGCGCCCUUGGGGCGCUUAUGCAAAGCUUGAACUGGACGCGAUUCAAGAGAUGUCCGCCCUGUACCAUUGACGAGGUAUGUGUAAUUCCCAUGUGGCCCAUGGGGACGGUGGAGGAAUACAAGAACCCGAGAUGCUCAAACGGUUCAGAGAUGAGAGAGGGCGAGAGAUAUUGG